AACACUCCAGCAACAGUUCCCAGUCUCUCGAUACUAGAUUCUUCUGAACAAUGUAUUCUCUCAUUUUGUCUGCCGUUCUCUGCGUCGUUGUGGCUGACACUCACAAUGGCUUCGGAGCGCACCCUCCUCCCACCAACGGCUAUGCGCCCCCAAGUAACACCUAUGGCACGCCCAACGGCGCCUACGGAGUAGACCCUGAGAUCGCCGCUUUGGCCGAGAACAUUCCAGGGGGCGGCGUCCCCGGCGAGGACUACCCCAUCUUGGCUUCCGUGCCCGACACCGGAUUCUCCUGCGAUGCCCAGGCGGUGCAAGGUUAUUACGCCGACACUGCAGCUGAAGCCGGCUGCCAGGUGUUCCAUAUCUGCCAGGACCGCGCCCUCAGGCGCCAACAGGACUCCUUCCUGUGCCCCAACGGUACCAUCUUCAACCAGCAGUACCUGGUAUGUGACUGGUGGUUCAACGUGGACUGUUCUCAAGCUGAGAGCUUCUACUCCGUCAACGAGCUCAUCGGAGUCGUUCCCGACGCCGGUUAUGCUUAUGCUGCCGCCGCCAAUGGUCUUGCCAUUGGCAACGGCAACGGAUAUGGAAAUGGAAGGAAAUGAAAAUGAAGUGAUAACGGGAAACGGCGGUUCCAGUUAUCGUAGAACUCCUUUUUAUAAGAAUGUUGUAAAUAUAAUUAGAUAUUUAUGCAUUAAUGUUUAGUUGAGCAUUGCGUGACUCAAAUUUGGCAUCUUUGCUGAAUUACCUAGAAGCACUUACACUGAAUCGUAUACCUUAUAGUAUUUAUUUCCUGCAGCCAUUCGAAUAAACAUGAAAAAAAUA